GCAAAUGGUGGCCGUCAAGAAAAAAAGCGCGAAAGCCACGGAGGCAGAAGACGGCGAGAUUUUCUCGGCUUCUUCCUUCUCAAGCCUCGGCCUUCACUCAAAUCUAUGCGACCAGCUUCAAGAGAGGUUGGGCUUCAAAGGUCCGACUUUGGUUCAGGCCCAGGCGAUCCCGGUGAUUCUCUCCGGCCGCCACGUGUUGGUGAACGCGGCGACGGGGACGGGGAAGACGGUGGCGUAUCUGGCUCCGGUUGUGCACCACCUGAGCUUGCAGCAGCCUCGGGUUCAGCGCUCCGAUGGGACGUUUGCGUUGGUACUUGUGCCGACGAGAGAGCUGUGUCUGCAGGUUUAUGAGAUUUUGCAGAAGCUGCUGCACCGGUUUCAUUGGAUUGUGCCUGGUUAUGUGAUGGGAGGUGAGAAGAGGGAGAAGGAGAAGGCCCGGUUGCGCAAAGGCAUUUCUAUUCUUGUUGCGACCCCGGGAAGGCUGUUGGAUCAUUUGAAGCAUACGGCGUCGUUUUUGCACUCGAAUUUACGGUGGAUCAUUUUCGAUGAAGCAGAUAGGAUUUUGGAAUUGGGAUUUGGGAAGGAGAUAGAGGAGAUUCUGGAACUUUUGGGUUCAAGGAAACAUGCCAAGGAUAGUGAUGCGUCGAGUAAAUUUGAAUUUCAGAGGCAGAAUUUGCUGUUGUCUGCGACCUUGAAUGAAAAGGUCAAUCAUCUUGCAAAAAUGAGCUUGGAGAAACCUGUAUUGAUUGGUAUGCCUGACAAGAAGACGAGGUCGAUUACAAAAUUUGAACCUCUAGGGUCUUCGGAUUCUGACACAGAGGAGCCGCAACAUUCGGUUAAGGAAACAGGCUCCACUAAUGAGGAUUAUAAACUUCCAUCGCAAUUGACUCAGAGAUAUGUUAAAGUACCAUGUAACGCACGGCUUGCUGUACUUCUUUCCAUUCUAAAGCAUCUUUUUGAGCGAGAAACUUCAGAAAAAAUUGUGCUAUUCUUUUCAACAUGUGAUGCAGUGGAUUUUCACUACUCCUUGUUAAGUGAGUUCCAGUUCAAACCUAAUUCAGGACCAGGAUCAGAACUCAAGCAGAAAUUUCUUACAUGCAAGACCUUCAGGUUGCAUGGCAAUAUGGAACAAGUGGAUCGAAGAACCACAUUCGAGACCUUCAAAACAGAAAAGUCGGCUCUUCUUUUGUCCACAGAUGUGUCUGCAAGAGGUUUGGAUUUCCCCAAAGUCAGAUGUAUCAUACAGUAUGAUUCUCCAGGCGAGGCUACUGAAUAUGUGCAUAGGGUUGGCAGAACGGCUCGCCUGGGUGAAAGAGGAGAUUCAAUAUUAUUUUUACAGCCAAUUGAAAUUGAUUAUUUGAAAGAGUUGGAGAAGCAUAGUGUGUCUCUAGUAGAGUAUCCACUCCUCAAAGUUUUGGAUAGUUUCCCACUAUAUGGUCAGCAGCAUAUCAGGAAGUUUGUUUCCAUUGAUGCACAUCCUUGGGUGCUGGCGUUGCAAAAGGCACUUGAAGCGUUUACAGAUCAGCCAAAUAUAAAACCUCUGGCCAAGAAUGCAUUUUGCUCUUGGGUUCGUGCCUACACUGCCCACCGUGGUGAGCUGAAGAGAAUUUUUGUAGCCAAGAAACUUCACUUGGGACAUGUUGCCAAAAGCUUUGCAUUAAAAGAACAACCUUCCUUGGUUGGGGGUUCGUUUCACAAGCAAGCACAGAAGAGGAAGAGGGAAGAAAGGCAGAAAGGAGGAAUGAAAAAGAGGAAGUUUAACAGGAAAACAUGAUUGCCGAUCCUGAUACCAACACAUUCAUAGUUGUGGGAGAUGCAGAUCGUUGAAGCUUGUUUUGGUAAUCAUUGUGAAUACUUUAACGCAGUUCGCAUGUGUUGUAUGCUUGUUUUAGAGUAACUGAUGGUCCUCUAAGUUAAAGGGAUACUUAUGAUAUUAUCCUUGUUUG